AUGAAUGAGAGUCGAAGGGAAGCACUGGUGGCUCCCGAGCCCACCACCACGUCCUCCUCUACGGCUGGCUCCAACACCACCAAUAUGGCCGGCCCAGGCACCGGCGAGAAGGAUGAGGCCUUUUCCAAGCUGAAGGACAAGUUCAUGAAUGAGCUAAAUAAAAUCCCAUUGCCAUCAUGGGCCAUUGUCUCUAUUGCCUUUGUGGCAAUCAUCCUGGUGUUAGCAUGCUGCUUCUGCAUCUGCAAAAAAUGGAUAUUAAAGAAGAAAAACAAAAAGAAGGGCAAAGACAAGGGCAAAAAUGCCAUCAACAUGAUGGACGUCAAAGACGGAGCCAAAACCGAGGCCUUGAAGGAUGAGGAGGAUGCGGAGACAGGGCUGACUGAAACGGAGAAAGAGGACGAGCCCAAGGAGGACCAGAAACUUGGCAAAUUACAAUACUCCCUGGAUUACAAUUUCACAGAGAAUACGCUCAUGGUGGGGAUCAUUCAGGCAGCAGAGCUGCCUGCUAUGGACAUGGGUGGCACAUCUGACCCAUACGUGAAGGUUUACCUGCUGCCUGACAAGAAGAAGAAAUUUGAGACCAAGGUCCACAGGAAGACCCUCAAUCCUGUCUUCAACGAGCAGUUCACCUUCAAGGUCCCCUAUGUAGAGCUUGGUGGGAAGACACUGGUUAUGACGGUGUAUGAUUUCGACCGCUUCUCCAAACAUGAUGCCAUUGGUGACAUUAAGGUGCCCAUGAACAAGGUGGACUUCAGCCACAUAACAGAGGAGUGGCGGGAUCUGCAGAGCGCAGAGAAGGAGGAGCAAGAGAAGCUGGGCGAUAUCUGCUUCUCUCUGCGAUAUGUUCCCACCGCCGGCAAGCUGACUGUGGUCGUCCUCGAGGCCAAAAACCUGAAGAAAAUGGAUGUGGGAGGCUUGUCAGAUCCAUACGUGAAGAUCCACCUGAUGCAAAACGGCAAGAGGCUGAAGAAGAAGAAGACGACAAUCAAGAAGAACACCCUCAACCCUUAUUACAAUGAGUCCUUUAGCUUCGAAGUCCCAUUUGAACAAAUCCAGAAAGUGCAAGUUGUUAUAACUGUUCUGGACUAUGACAAGAUCGGCAAGAACGAUGCUAUCGGCAAGGUCUUUGUGGGCCUCAACAGCUCGGGGACGGAGCUGCGCCACUGGUCCGACAUGCUGGCCAACCCCAGGAGACCCAUCGCCCAGUGGCAUGUGCUAAAGCCCGAGGAGGAGGUGGACGCUCAGCUCUCCACCAAGAAAUAG